GAGUUGAGUUGCCGACUGCGCAAGCCACGGCAGCUCAGAGAGGACAGAGGUUAUCCGCUGUAUUUUGCUCCGUAAUAGUAGUACCUAUAGUCGUCUGUAAGCAUAACAAACAAGGCGAAGCAACGUAUAUAUAUAUAUAUAUGGACGGCUUCUAGCGUCGUUUGAAAAUCGGAAACUGUCUGUCAGAGCUGGUGCCUCAGCUCAUUUCUCGCUUGCAGCUUGAGUUUCCAUCGAGCAUUUAAUUCCAAGCUGUAUCCGAAGCAGCUUACACAGCUUCAUCAUGAACAAGGUUUUUGCGUUAGCAAUAUUCAUUGGAGUCAUCCAUUUUGGAACUGCAUGGCGCAGUUUUAUGAGGGGUAGAGGUAAAGAUGGAAAUCUAGGUGAGCCUUUCUCCACAAAGGCUGUAGAUCCACCAGCGGAGCAAUGGUUUACUCAAAACUUGGAUCACUUCAAUCCCGUGGAUGGGCGCACUUGGAAACAGAGAUAUUUUGCUACCAGUGCAUAUUAUAAGAAAGGUGGACCCAUUUUCCUCAUGAUCGGUGGAGAAGGUCCAGCUAGUGGAAAAUGGAUGGUAGAAGGACAAAUGAUAGAGUACGCUAAGCAAUUUGGAGCCAUGUGCUUUUUGCUGGAGCAUCGUUAUUAUGGAAACAGUCAUCCAACGUCGGACCUAAGUGUUAAGAAUCUUGUGUACUUAAGCUCAGAGCAAGCACUAGCUGAUGUAGCUUACUUCAUACAAGGAAUGCAAGCGGCUCAGCAGCUACCCGACACCUCUAGAUGGAUCAUGUUUGGUGGCUCCUAUUCUGGUUCUCUGGCAGCCUGGAUGCGUGCUAAAUAUCCUCAUCUUGUUCAUGGUGCCAUGUCUGCCAGUGGCCCACUACUUGCACAGAUUGAUUUCCAACAAUAUUUCAUCAUUGUUGAAGAAUCGCUCAAAACGCAUUCUCAAGCUUGCGUUGAUACGAUUGCAGCUGCGAUUCGACAGGUGCAUAUAAUGCUGCGUCAUCGCAUCGGCCAGCAAGGCUUAGAGAAGCUAUUCAACUUUUGCGACCCGAUAGAUUCAGGAAAAACGUCACAAAAAGAUAUCGCUAAUUUAUACGAGACUCUUGCUGAUAAUUUCGCUGAUGUUGUGCAGUACAACAAAGACAAUCGAAAUGAAAGCUCCAUUACCAUAGAUAUGGUAUGUGAUGUAUUAGUUGAUGAAAAGAAAGGAGUUCCUGUAAACAGACUUGCCGAAGUCAGCAAUAUGCUUCUUGCCAAGAACAAAGAGAAAUGCUUGGAUUACAAGUAUGAUAAGAUGAUUUCCGAAUUGAGAAACAUUACCUGGGCUGAGCAAAAGAAUGCUGGAGGUCGCCAAUGGACGUAUCAAACAUGCACAGAGUUUGGUUUCUUCCAGACUUCAACGGCACGGCCUAACUUGUUCAGUGAAACUUUCCCUGUUGAAUUUUUCAUCCAACAAUGCGCAGAUAUCUUUGGUCCAAGGUUUUUGCACACUCUGCAACCCGGCGUAAUACGCACGAAUACCAUGUACGGAGCUCUGGACUUGCCGAACAUAGUAUCAAAUGUCGUAUUCGUUCACGGUAGCAUUGAUCCAUGGCAUGCGCUGGGCGUGACUAAAUCAUCGAACCCGAAUGCUCCUGCUAUUUUCAUAAAUGGUACUGCCCACUGUGCAAACGUAUACCCCCCAUCCAAGAACGAUCUCCCUCAAUUAGUCGACGCAAGGAAACAGGUGGGACAGUUGAUUGGUCAAUGGCUGGCACAAAAAUAAAUCAACUUAUUAUUGUUUUUAUAUAUUUAAACUUUUAAGCAAGGAGGCUCUACGAAAAUGUUAACAUUUUUAUAUACUUAUAUGAAUUAAAUUAAUUUGUAUUUCUUGCGAAUAUGUGAUUUUAAAAUAUAUUAUCGAAGCGCAACGUUAAUAUCAAAGCACAGGCCUACUAAGGAUAACUGCGCCUAGUGUUGUUGUACCGAAUCUCAGAAUAAACUUUUAUUUUUAACUAAA